UUGCUUCAAUGUCAGGUCCUCGAUCUUGGAUCAGGAACCGCUUCGUAAUUAAGGUCCUGUAUUAUUUGCCAAAUUGUAUAACCCGUUUGUACAGUAUGUACAGGGUGUUCCAAAAGUCACUAUCCACUUCCUGUUUUGUUUCAGGUAUCGUUCAGACAGAUGGGGAAGCCAUCAACAUUUGACAGCUCAGGCUUUGUUUUUUUUUUGUUUUUUGUUUUUUGUUUUUUUAAACAUAUCAUUUCCUUGCCCAUGGCUCGCCAACUGACAUUGGAGCCGCGUUGCAAAAUUGCCUCCCAGCAAGACGUUUUUCUGUCCCCGACUAUAGUUCAACGCCAGUUUGAGAAGCUUUAUGGCCGUCACACAGCUCCAACGUGUAGUUACAAUUUACGCUGUCCGUGGCAAGUUUCUCCAAACAAGAUGUAUUCUCCACAAACCACGCAGUGGAAGGCCUGGUACUACUUCCCCCACUGAUGAAAACUCCAAACUCUUAGAGCAGGCGUCCACGUGAGGCCAAGGUCGAACUCAUGAAAGCAUCUUCUUCCCGGUGCGGACGCUCCGAUGAUGUCUAUGGCUCUCAUGCCUGACACUCUCAAUGGCCCCGACCCGUCCAAAUCGGCCUUUCUCGAGUUUGGUCACGGCCAUCCGGCUCACCAGCAGCGCUCCCCAGCGAGGCUCCCGGCUCACAUUUACCCCGUGCACGGCUUCCACGCUGCCGGCCAUUCGCAGCACGACGGCUCCUUCCCCGCCGGCGCGUCGUCUUAUGGCCGCUCUUUGGGCUACGCCUACCCCGGCGCCUCGAAUCCGCACCCCCCGUCUGCUUACAUGCACUACCAGCACAACAACAACAACAACAACAACAACAACAACAACAACAACAGCAGCAGCUGCAGCAGCACUUUGAGCCUGCACGGCCGAUCGGAGCACGCAGAUCACCACAAGUCCCCCGCGCUGGAGAACAGGGACGCGCGUUUGAAUGGCAAAGGGAAGAAGAUCCGGAAGCCCCGCACCAUCUACUCCAGUCUGCAGCUGCAGGCUCUGCACCAGCGCUUCCAGCAGACCCAGUACCUGGCCCUCCCGGAGCGCGCAGACCUGGCGGCCAAACUGGGACUCACCCAGACGCAGGUGAAAAUCUGGUUUCAGAACAAGCGCUCCAAGUACAAAAAGGUCAUGAGGCACGGGAGCGGACAGGAGGGGGAACACCUGAGCAGCACCAGCUCGGCCUCCCCCUGCUCACCUCACGGGAUGCCCCAACUUUGGGACGUGUCCGCGGCCAACAAAGCGGGGGGGCCGGUGUACCCCAACAAUUACAUGAACACUUUGGGCCACUGGUACCCCAACCAGCAUCCCCACCAGGACGGCACGUCCAGGCAUCCGAUGAUGUGAGCGGAUUGUCGACCGCGGGCCCAAUGAACUCCGCAGCAAUGAAUUUAUUCACCAAGUCGUGUGCUUCCUGGCUGGAUUAUCCGCUAAUUGUGCGCGUCAUUUGACGGGACAUUUAUUGACAAAAGACACUGAAGAGGACCUUUAUAGUGUGUGCGCAAUGUCUGGAUAAAUGCAAUUUUGUUUGCACGUCCUGUGCAUGAUUAUUACCAGAGACAUUUUCCAUUGCAAGACAAUACGUUCUCUGAGUAUUAAGCCAACAAACACAUGUUGGAUGAGCCUUGUUGUGACCUUCUAGUUAUUGCAGAGGUGGCUCCAUUCAAUGCGCAAAAUGUUGCUUCUUCGUCGCGAGUGCAAGCGCGCAUUCGAACGAAACAUUGCAACAAAUCCGUGUGAGCUGCAAAUAAUAAUAAAUGGAAAAAAAAACA